AGUGACUGGCUCUUACGACAGCGAACAAGUUCAGAUGAAAUUGGAAGGUACCUGCUGCGGAAGCACGGAUGCUAGCUGGGCGCCUUCUUGUCAUCAGCUGCACUGCCUGACGUCGAGCGUCUUGAGACGAACCUCCAAGGCCACCGCAACGGCUGGCUAAGCUCCACUUCUUGUCGACGGCCUUGCCAUUCACUCACUGGCGAUGCACAGCUCGCGAUGCAGAGGGUGCCAACCGGCCCGCAGCAAUUGACUGCAUCUCUAUCAAACUCGUCCCAUCUCCCGCUUCCAAGUGAGCUUCUGGGGGGCGCCCAUCUUCAAUGUCAUGGCUGCGAAUUCGGUGCUGAAAGCUUUCAGUUCUCCUCAACGGUUCAACCUUCUUUCUUUUCGGAAAUUGGCUGCCGCCGACACAAACAAACACGCAUGCGCUCACAUUCACGCACUUACACACGUAUUCACAUACCCACAUUCAGACAUAGAGAGGGCAAGAGUGACAGACACAGAAAGAGCAAGAGUGACAGACACAGAGAGCAAGAGUGACAGACACAGAGAG